GAGAGAGAGAGAGAGAGAGACGGGAAAGGCGUUUCCACGCUUGGUCGCCGGUUUUCGGUUCACUCUUUAGCGGAGAGCAGUCACGAGCAUCGUCGGCGCGUCCACGUCAAGGCUUCAGUUCCCACGCCGAGGAGCCGCUCUCUCCUCCUCAUCUUCAUCGCAUCAUCGUGCGUCCGGACUUGUGGCUUUUCUCCUCUCGCAAACGUCUGAUUCGGUUGAACCGGCUCUGAUUUGAGCUCACCUCCAACGUCAAGCUUCAUCGCUGCGACGCUUGGCCGCGCGCGAGAUGGCGGAGUACAACUCCCUGCUCAGCGACCUGUCCGACAACAUCACCAACGAGGACCUGGAGCAGCUCAAGUCGGCGUGUAAGGAGGACAUCCCAGAGGAGCACAGCAACGCCAUCGCGUCCUGCAAGGAUUGGUUCACCUACCUGGAGAAGAAUGACAAGCUAGCGCACGACAACCUGUCGUACAUGGAGCACAUCUUCGAGAUCUCGCGGCGUCCCGACCUCCUGACCCGCGUGAUCGAGUACCGCACCACCGUGCUGAAGAUCGACGAGGACGACGAGAUCGACACGAAGCUCACGCGCAUCCCCUCGGCCAAGAAGUACAAAGACAUCAUCCGCCAGCCGUCCGAAGACGAGAUCAUCAAGUUGGCGCCGCCGCCCAAGAAGGCGUGAGAGCGACCGACCGUUCGACGACACCGGGCUCUCGCGGGCGACCACUCUGACGAGCAAAGAGCGUAUUUGUCCUCUCCCGCCCGACACGGUUUUUCACGUUCGACGGUUGUGCCCCGCCCGCCCGCGUUUGGAUGUCUUUGUUUCUUUAUGUGAGCUUUCGUGUCCACGAGGAGAGACCAAAUCUAACUUUUGCGCUAAACCGACACUGUGUUCCGACUCCUAAAUGUUCCGAAAAUUCACCCGAGGCAGGUUUGUGUUUUCAUUAGCUCCCAAAAAAAACAAUUCGACAAAAACAUCCCCGUUCAUUUCAGGUCAUUUGCUGUUGAUUUCCCAUCCAUCCAUGUUGGUUUUGAGAAAAUGGACAGCAAGUGACCUGGCAAUAUCCCAAAAUAAAUAGGAAGCGACUCAAAAUCAACAGGAAGUGACCUGUUAGCAACCUGUCCAUUGCUAUUGACUAUUUUAACACUGACACGUUCUUAAAACGAUAUAUCGAUUCUUUGCGGGGGGCAUAUCGAUAACCUUUUGGGAUACAGAGCAUCUCGAUUCGAAGUAACACGACUUUAUCAAAGCAUUCCCUCCAGCGUAGGAAUCGCUUUUUGCUAAUGGUUUCCACAGACGCGCGCGUCUCUCCAUUUGCUUUUGUCGUUAACGUAGCCGAUCGUAAAGAGACUUGCGCUCCCACUCCUUCCUCCGUUGAGUGGGAAUUCUUCAAACUUUGUUUGGGCCUUCCGCACUGGCGAUUUGUCGUAACAUUCGUGACCCAGCGACUUCCCCUUUUGUCCUUUUCGUUUUCGGAAUGCGCGUGAAGCUUUCCCGCUCGGUCGCCACGGUAACUGUGAGCCAAUCGUCGACGAGGCGCAUAGCAGAACAACAUAUCAACGACUAAUGAUGUCCGAUAUCAAUUUCCAUCGCGAGUACAUAUCAAGUUGGGAAAGUGAGGCGGAUAUUUCGUGAAGUUCUUUUGAUUUGUGCUUCAAGACUGUUUGUUUUUCCAUUUUUUUCAAAUAUGUAAAUAUGUAUUUUGAAUAGAGACCACUGUGUUCAUUUGCUAUGAUUUAAUUUAUUUGGGACCGAUAUAUCGUCGCUUAACGCUCGACUAACCGGCGGCGACGGGAUCGUCGGUUUUGCCGAGGGAAAAAAAAAACCGUCGCGCGUCUCUGGAGUUUGCAUGAUUUGGAGAAGUCAUUCCGGAUUGUUUUCCCGACAAAGUGUUUUAUUCCGCCGAACGUGAAAUUGCUGCUUGUUGUCAUGAUUUCGAGUCAAAUGUAAUAAUGCCAUUUUGUCAUUGUGCUCAAAAGAAAAUAAAUAUAUUUAAAUAUAUUUGCUAACCUA